AGAACCGGAAGCAGUUGCUCUUUCAAGGGAGGUGGGACUGGGCGGGUCAGGCCGCAGCGGCUGACGGCGGGGGAGGAGCCGGGUCCACUGCCGGGUGGAGGGGCCAGGCGAGUGUCCUUAUCCUAGCAAUUGGGGCUCGGGCCUGUAAGCCCGUUGGAGUCGCGGCGGCGAGAACGAUUGGGCUGAGCGGAGGAAGACAUGUUGCUCUUCGUGGAGCAUUUGUAGGGUUAAGUGGCUUGGGAUUUCUGUUUCUGAUAGUAAAUAGCAGGUAACAUCUAAAGGAACUGGUUUAAAUCCUAAUGCCAAAGUAUGGCAAGAAAUUCCUCCUGGAAAUACUGAAGCCACUCAAGUAACUCAUGGAACUGAAAGCUCUUGGCAUGAAACAGCAGCCACAUCAGGGUCUCAUCCUGAGGGUAAUACAGAGCUUUCAGAUGAUAUGUGUAAGGAAUAUGAAGUAAUGUAUUCAUCUUGUGAAACCACCAGAAAUACUAUAGGCAUUGAAGAAUCAACCGAUGGAAUGAUUUUAGGGCCAGAAGAUCUGAGUUACCACAUAUAUGAUGUUUCUGGGGAAAGUAAUUCAGCAAUUUCUACAGAAGACCUAAAAGAAUGUCUGAAGAAACAAUUGGAAUUCUGUUUCUCCCGAGAAAAUUUGUCAAAGGAUCUUUACCUGAUAUCUCAAAUGGACAGUGAUCAGUUCAUCCCAAUUUGGACAGUUGCCAACAUGGAAGAAAUAAAAAAGCUGACCACAGACCCUGAUCUAAUUCUUGAAGUGUUGAGAUCUUCUCCUAUGGUACAAGUUGAUGAGAAGGGCGAGAAAGUGAGACCAAGUCAUAAGCGUUGUAUUGUGAUUCUUAGAGAGAUUCCUGAAACGACGCCUAUAGAGGAAGUUAAAGCUUUGUUCAAGAAUGAAAACUGCCCCAAGGUGAUAAGCUGUGAGUUUGCACACAAUAGCAACUGGUAUAUCACUUUCCAGUCAGACACAGAUGCACAACAGGCUUUUAAAUACUUAAGAGAAGAAGUUAAAACAUUUCAGGGCAAGCCAAUCAUGGCAAGGAUAAAAGCCAUCAAUACAUUUUUUGCUAAGAAUGGUUAUCGAUUAAUGGAUUCUAGUAUGUAUAGUCAGCCCAUUCAAACUCAAGCACAGUAUGCCUCACCAGUUUUUAUGCAGCCUGUAUAUAAUCCUCACCAACAGUACUCGGUCUAUAGUAUUGUGCCUCAGUCUUGGUCACCAAAUCCUGCACCUUACUUUGAAACACCACUGGCUCCCUUUCCCAAUGGUAGUUUUGUGAAUGGCUUUAAUGCACCAGGAUCUUAUAAAACAAAUGCUGCUGCUGUGAAUAUGCCUCGACCAUUCCAAAAAAAUCGUGUGAAGCCUCAUUUUAGGUCAUCGAGUGGUUCAGAACACUCGACAGAGGGCUCUGUGUCAUUGGGGGAUGGACCAUUAAACAGAUCUGGUUCAAGGAACUUUCCAGCUGAACGGCAUAAUCCUACAGUAACAGGGCAUCAGGAGCAAAGCUACCUUCCAAAAGAAACUCCUACUAUACAGAUGGAACAGAAUGGGGACUAUGGUAGGGGCAGGAGAACUCUUUUCAGAGGUCGAAGACGACGAGAAGAUGAGAGAGUCCAGAGACCGCAGUCUUCAUCAGCUGAAGCAAAGGCUCCAACACCAAAGUUUGACUUACUAGCCUCAAAUUUUCCUCCUUUACCUGGAAGUUCAUCAAGAACUCCAGGUGAACUUGUUUUGGAGAGUAGGAUGUCUGAUGUUGUUAAAGGUGUCUACAAAGAAAAGGAUAAUGAAGAGUUAAGAGUUAGUUGCCCAGUGCCUGCAGAGGAUGAACAGACAGACUGCACCUCUGCCCAGCAACUCAAUAUGAGUACCAGUCCUCCAUGUACAGCUGAGCUUCCUGCAUUAAGCACAACUCAGCAAGAAAAGGAUCUAGUAGAGGAUUCCUCUGUUCAGAAGGAUGUUCUCAACCAGACAGCUAUACCAGUUUCUUCCCCAAGUACUGCAAAGCCAUCAAGGGCAAAUAGUGCUUCACCAUGUAAUAAUAACAUAAAUGCAGCUGUAGCUGUGGCCCUACAGGUAACUUGAUGAAUUUAGUAUGUGGGGACAAAAAAAAUAAUAGGUUAAAUAAUGAGAUUUUUUUUUCACGUAAGUCUUUGCUAGAGCAGAGUCAUUUGGAAAUAGCCCAAACUGAGGUUACCUGCCUCAAAUGAAGCUCAAGGAGUUUAAAGUCACUGCAAAGAAAUGGGAAAUUUUAGCCAUGUUGAGAUAGUGAAGAAUAAUUAUUCAUUCUGAGAAGUUUUGGUUUUUGUU